AUGUUAAGUUUAAAAAAUAUUAUACCUCCACUGUGUAGUUUAAGUGUUCCUCGUUUACUUUUGUCUACUGCUGCUCUACCCAAGGAAGACAAAAUUAAAAUAGGAAAAUAUGUUAUAAGUUAUAUUAAAGUUGGCAAUGGAGACCAUAAAAUAUUUUGCGCUCCUGGUGCUUUAGGCACGAAAUGGACUGAUUUCAAACCGCAAUUAGAAGGAUUUAAGCAUGAUAAAUUUACCUUGAUUGCUUGGGAUCCCCCAGGCUAUGGACAGAGCUAUCCACCAGAGCGGCAGUUUACUGAUGGUUUCCUUGAAAAUGAUGCAGAUGUUGCUCAUGAAUUUAUGAAGGUACUAGAAAUACCAAAAUAUUCAAUCAUGGGAUUCAGUGAUGGUGGUAUAACAAGUCUUAUUUUAGCAGCCAAGUACCCACAAACUGUAAAUAAACUGGUGGUAUGGGGAGCAAACUCAUUUAUAUUGCCCAGUGAGCAAGAAGCUUAUAACAAAAUAAAAGAUGUAAAUAAGUGGUCAAAACGAACAAGUGAGGCAAUGAUAGAAGUUUAUGGUAAAGCUAGAUUUGCUAACUAUUGGGCAAAUUGGGUAGAGGCUAUGGACGAGAUUUGUAAGACUAAAAAUGGCAACGUAUGUGCUGAUUUGUUGAAGAAUAUUAAAUGCCCCACAUAUAUUUUAUAUGGAGAGAAGGAUCCACUUGUUGACAAAGUGCAUGUGUCACAUUUACAUACACAAAUAGAUGGAUCAAGAAUACAUCUGUAUCCAGAAGGCAAGCAUCAAAUUCAUCUUAGAUACGCAGAUGACUUUAACAAAAGAGUGCAGGAAUUUUUAUUGCAA